CGAGAGUCGAUAGGGCUUGAAUUACUCCGUAGUUGCCGAGCCUUCAGCUUUGCUCUGCGAGAUCUCCGUACGCAGCGCAGACCCCUUCAUGCCUCGAUGGCGGCGCGGCCGCUCGCUCCUUCUCCUGCGACGGCGAGCUUUUAUCCUGGCCGCCCUCUCCGCUGCCACUCUCUUCCUUCUCCUCCAGCACCAGGGCCCUAAACCUCCCAAACCCUCCUCCUCGCCCCCCGCUGCCUUGGCCUUCUCGGACGAGUUCUCCGUUGAGCCGCCUCCCACCUCCGCAUUCUCGGAUGAGCUCUACGUUGAAUCGCGUCCCGCAGCGGUUGGUUUGGAGGAGGCAGCGGCCGGAGGGGGCGGCGCAGCUACGUGCGCGACGGUGGAGAGGAUGGGGGAGGAAGCCGUCAGCUCGGGAUCCACGGAGGCGGCCAGCCUCAGGGUCCGCGAGCUAAUCCAGCGCCACUUCCUGCUCCACGGAGCUGCAAGAGUAAGAUCGCUGCCUGCAUUUGAGUUCUGCAAACAAGGCUUUGUCUUGGGGAAAGCAUCUGAAGCUGGGUUUGGCAAUGAAAUGUACAAGAUCUUUACAGCAGCGGCUUUGAGUGUUAUGUUAAACCGGUCCCUGAUCAUCGGACAAACCAGGGGAUUAUAUCCUUUUGGACAGUACAUUUCCUAUACUGACCACUCAUUUACUAUUGGAGAAAUCAAGCAUUUAUGGAGGAAAAAUCGAUGUGCCCAAACAUAUGGUAGAGACCUGAACACGAGAGUAGACAAUUUUGAAAAUCCAUCCGAGACAAAUGUUCUAUGCAGUGACUGGAAUAGGUGGAAAGAUCCAAUAAUAUGGUUUGAUGGCACAACAGAUGCAGUUGGGAUUCAGUUUUUUCUCAAGAACGUUCAUCCUGAGAUGAAAAAUGCUGCUUCAACACUUUUUGGAUCCCCAGGCUCAUUUAGUGCCAGGCCUAAUACAUUUGGGGAACUUAUGCGAGUGACCAUAUCUCCCUCACAGACAGUCCAGAAAGCAGUUCAGUGGGCUUCGAAGGGUUCCAGUCCACAUAUUGUUUUGCACAUGCGAAUGAUGGCAAAUAGGCCAGUACGGGCAAGGACAGCUGCAAUUAGCUGUAUUCAGAGAGCUAUACAAAAUUCUCAUUUGAAGGGCACACCUCGGGUGGCAUUGAUCUCAGACACACCGUCAUUUGUUAAGGAGAUAAAGCAAGAGAUCAGUGAGUUUGCAGAGGUAAUUUAUUUUGAUUACAAAUUGUUUGCAAAGAGCUUUGGUCUAGAGAUGAAUGGAAGUGAUAAGCCCUUAGAUUUUCGUUCAAGAGACUGGGGAUCAGCUCCAAGGUGGGCAGCUUUUGUUGAUUUCUUUCUGGCUUCAAGUGCCAGGUAUGCAGUUGUCACUGGAGCACAUCGACGCGUCGGGACAACCUACGUGCAGCUCACUGCCGCAUUGGCUGCAGCUAAUGGAUAUGGUGCAUGUUGUUGUCUUGAGCCCUCAAGUGCAAAUUUCACAUUCUUAAGCAGCAUCCACAGUAAUCUACUGGUUGACGGGCUCUCGACACAGGUUGGCUGGGGCCAUAUCUGGAACAGAUUUGCUGGACCCUUGAGCUGUCAGCACCAGCCACACCAAUGCGCCUUAACCCCGCUCCUCCCGCAUGCUUGGUGGGAUGGCCAGUGGCAAAGCCCAAUUGCCAGGGAUGUCAGGAGAUUGUUGGAGUACGGUGUGCGGAUCGCAAACACAGGAGAGGUGGAUGAAAAGCACCUCGCGUCACACUGUGAGUCAAGGAAAGAUCAUGUGAAAAGGUAUCAUGUUCUUCCACCAGACAAGAGGUCAGCAAGACUGUAGCAGGUGGACGAGCCGCCGCAUGCCAAAUAUUUAGAGAGCUGGGUAUCAAAGCAAUAUACACAAGGGUAACACCAGAACCGUGUAUCUUCUAUUCCGAGACGUGGAGGAAGGAGCUAGUGGAGGACGAUAGAGUGGCCAGGUUUUGGAAAAUAGCCAAGAUACUAAUUUUGUAGCGUGCAUCUAAUGGUCACAAUUUUGGUGUGCUGUCGUGUUGAGCUGGUGUUGUGCUCCUUAACCAAUGGCUGUCAUGUAGGAAGGUUACUGGGAAAAAGAUGAGGCUUUGUUCUAUGCGUUGUAAACCACCGUCUGUAGUUAGAGUAUGGAUGGCAAUGGGUACCCGAAACCCGAUUACCUGA